GCGACUAUGACUAGGAUCAGACGUCCUUGACUCCAAAAGUUACGCCUUUCACGCGGCCGCCGAGCCGUUGAUGAAAUGCAGAAGAAAAUUCGCACCCAACCGCUGCACUUCCUUCCUCAUUUAUCACCCCCUUCACUUGCCGCCGUCUCAUCUCCCAUCGAUGCCCACGCGGCCCAUAACAGCAUCUUCCUCGAUUCGAUUCACCUGCUCGGGGAAGAAAAACUGCAAUGAAUUCGAAAAAGGAGAGAUUUUGGAGCCGUGCUUGGAGAGGUGUCAAGAUCCUUUUUUUCGUCGCCAACAUGCUCGCCUCUCUUUUCCUCGUCUGCGCCCCUCCUCUUCUCGUCGUUGUCAUCGACCUCCUCCUCCCCUCAGCCCUCCUAUCCGCCGCCGGCGACGGGUCAGUGUUCUCCGUCGAGGCUCUCGCCUCCCAACUUAGAAGCUACCGGUACCGAGCUUCCCUCGUCGACUUGCCUCUUAUAUCUGCAACACGAUCAAUCGUUAUCCUGUGCUUCUAUUUGUGGUGUGGUGGGCGCGGGCUAUAUCUUGGAGUGGCGACCCUCUGUGCAUCGGCUUCUGCAGCGUUUGUGUCAAUGAAAGCGAUAAUUAUGCUCGGAGCUGACGCAGUGCCGGGGAAAAGGCACUUGCUUUCAUUUGGGGAGAAGGAAGGGCCUGCAGUGCAAGCCCUGUUCUUGAGCUCCUUGGCUCUAGCCAUGGCUCAUGUAGUGGCUGCUUAUAGGAUCAGUUGUAGAGAGAGACGAAAGCUACUUGUGCACAAGAUUGAUAUUGAGGCGGUAUCUGCUUAUAAGAGUGAGUUCUCCAACUACCAUAAGAUUGUGCUUAGCGAGUAAAUCAUGGUGGCAUCGUUGAGAUGCAAACAUUGUAUCCUCUUGCCACCAUUGUUGUCUGGACUUUCAGGUAAAAGUGCACUGAGGUCAGGCAACAAGAGCGAAAGAAAUGCUGAGUUCUCAUCAUCAUUGAUCUAUAUAAGAAGGAUCCAUGGCGCUGUAUGUAAAUUCUAUAGGAAAAACAUAGUUUCAGAGAAGAUGGAUGUAAAUAUGUGAGUUGGGGAAGUAGACUUCUCUAACUACAGUUAGAAUGUAAUAUUAGAUUGUAUAGUUUUCAAAUUCUAGCCAUUCAAUCCAUUUUUGGAUGAUUAGAAUCAAUCAUAGUCAUCCAAAAUGAAUUAGAAGGCUGUGAUUAGAGCACUUUAUCCUCCAUUUAACCAUGAUAAUGGGAGAGGAUCUAAAUUUAGUGAUUUGGUGAAGUGUAUAUAUACAUGUAUUUCAUUUCGAAAUAAGUGUUUAUCGAUUAUGCUAAAAUAGCCUUGUUUUGAGGAAAAGUUAGAGGUUUUAUUGGAAUAAUUUGUAUUA